AGCAAGACAUCCGGGCUAUGUGUGGCAUUGUAGGGAAGAUGGCGACACUUAUCCUCCCUGCUGAUUGGAUCAAAAACUGGGAAAAAUCUGGAAAACAUGAGUUUGUGCAACUGUGUAAGGAUCUUACAGAGAAAUCGAAUCAUGACAGCACGUUAAAAGACAUACAGGCUGCCCUGUACGAACUCUGCUGGCAUGUUGUACAGGGCAAUUUCAAGUUGGACCUCGCUGCGACAGUCCUUGGCGACAUGAUGGAACUGCGAGACGACAUGCCGUCUAUUUUAGCAGAUGUUUUCAGUAUAUUAGAUAUAGAGACGGGGGCGAUGGAGGAAAAAAAUAAACGCGACCAUUAUACACAGUUGGUUGGCGCUUGUCUGUUGUUUGUGCCGGAUGCUAUCCUGAAAGAAAGGCUGGACCCAGAGACCCUGGAGUCCCUGGGACUCAUAAAACAGGCUCAUCAGUUCAACCAGAAAAUAGUCAAAAUCAAGACGAAACUCUUCUACAAGCAGCAGAAGUUCAACCUGCUGAGAGAGGAGAACGAGGGCUACGCCAAGCUGAUCACGGAGCUGGGCCAAGACCUGUCUGGCAGCAUCACCAGCCUCCUCGUCCUGGAGAGCAUCAAGUCUCUCAUAGGAUGCUUCAACCUCGACCCCAACCGCGUGCUCGACAUCAUCCUGGAGGUGUACGAGUGCCGCUCCGACCAGGACGAGUUCUUCCUCCCGCUCAUCAAGUCGUACAUGUGCGAGCCCCUCACGCUCUGCCACAUCCUGGGCUUCAAGUUCAAGUUCUGCCAGGAGCCCAACGAGGAGACUCCUAGGUCGCUCUACCACAUCGCCGCCGCCCUCCUGCACCACAACCUCAUAGAGCUGGAGGACAUCUACGUGCACCUCAUGCCCCUGGACGCCGCCAUCGUGGAGGAGCACAAGCGCGACAUCACCGAGGCCAAGCAGAUCGCCCGCAAGCUCACCAUGGUGGUGGUGCCCUCGGAGAAGAGCGAGGACAAGGACAGGGAGAAGGACAAAGAGGAGGAGAAGAACGACAAGCCUCCGGAUAACCAGAAGCUGGGUCUGUUGGAGGCGCUGUUGAGGAUCGGCGAUUGGCAGCACGCCCAGAGCAUUAUGGACCAGAUGCCCGCCUUCUACGCCACCUCGCACAGGGCCAUCGCCCUGGCCCUGUGCCAGCUGCUGCACCUGAGCGUGGAGCCGCUGUACCGCAGAGCCGGGGUCCCCAAGGGGGCCAAGGGCUGCGUGCUGCGGCCCCUCAGGAGCAAGAGGGCCCCGCGGCCGGCCGAGACCUUCGAGGACCUGCGGCGGGACGCCUUCCGCAUGCUCUGCUACCUGGGGCCCCACCUCUCCCACGAUCCCAUCCUCUUCGCCAAGAUCGUGCGCCUGGGCAAGGGCUUCAUGAAAGAGUACCAAAGCGACAGUCGAAACGAAGUCAAAGACAAAAUGGACACGCUGCUGAGUUGCUUCCUGAGUAUCGCCGACCAGGUGCUGCUGCCCUCGCUGUCCCUGAUGGAGUGCAACGCCUGCAUGUCGGAGGAGCUCUGGGGCCUCUUCAAGCUCUUCCCCUACCAGCACAGAUACCGGCUGUACGGGCAGUGGAAGAACGAGACGUACACCAGCCACCCACUGCUGGUGAAGGUCAAAGCUCAGACCGUGGACCGCGCCAAAUACAUCAUGAAACGCUUGACCAAAGAGAACGUGAAGCCGUCUGGACGCCAGAUAGGCAAGCUGAGCCACAGCAACCCCACCAUCCUCUUUGACUACAUCCUGUCUCAGAUCCAGUGGUACGACAACCUCAUCGGCCCCGUGGUGGACUCCCUGAAAUACCUCACCUCGCUCAACUAUGACGUCAUGGCCUACUGCAUCAUCGAGGCACUGGCCAAUCCCGAGAAGGAGAAGAUGAAGCACGACGACACCACCAUCUCCUCCUGGCUCCAGAGCCUGGCUAGUCUGUGCGGAGCCGUGUUCCGAAAAUACCCCAUCGAGUUAGCCGGGCUCCUGCAGUACGUGACCAAUCAGCUGAAAGCAGGGAAGAGCUUCGACCUGCUCAUCCUGAAGGAGGUGGUGCAGAAGAUGGCCGGCAUCGAGAUCACGGACGAGAUGACCCUGGAGCAGCUGGAGGCCAUGACCGGAGGGGAACAGCUCAAAGCUGAGGGAGGCUACUUCGGCCAGAUCCGCAACACCAAGAAGUCGUCCCAGCGGCUGAAGGACGCCCUGCUGGACCACGAGCUGGCCCUGCCCCUGUGUCUGCUGAUGGCGCAGCAGCGCAACGGGGUGGUGUUCCUGGAGGGCGGCGAGAAGCACCUCAAGCUCGUGGGCAAGCUCUACGACCAGUGUCACGACACCCUGGUCCAGUUCGGCGGCUUCCUGGCCUCCAACCUGAGCACGGAGGACUACAUCAAGCGCGUGCCCUCCAUCGACAUCCUCUGCAACCAGUUCCACACCCCCCACGACGCCGCCUUCUUCCUGUCCAGGCCCAUGUACGCCCAUCAGAUCCUGUCCAAGUACGACGAGCUGAAGAAGGCCGAGAAGGGCAACAGGCAGCAGCAGAAGGUGCACAAGUACGUGGCGGCGUGCGACCUGGUGAUGGGGCCCGUCCACGAGGCCGUGGUGUCGCUGCACCCGCCGCGCGUCUGGGACGACCUGCGGCCCCAGUUCUACGCCACCUUCUGGUCGCUGACCAUGUACGACCUGGCCGUGCCCAACAACGCCUACGACCGCGAGGUCAACAAGCUCAAGGCCCAGGUGAAGGCCAUCGAGGAGAACGCCGACAUGCCCCUGAACAAGAAGAAGAAGGAGAAGGAGCGCUGCAAGGCCCUGCAGGACAAGCUGCAGGAGGAGGAGAAGAAGCAACUGGAGCACGUCCAGAGGGUGCUGCACCGCCUCAAGCUGGAGAAGGACAACUGGCUGCUCGCCAAAUCGAGCAAGAACGAGACCAUCACCAAGUUCCUGCAGCUGUGCCUCUUCCCCCGCUGCAUCUUCUCCGCCAUCGACGCCGUCUACUGCGCCCGCUUCGUGGAGCUGGUGCACCAGCAGAAGACGCCCAACUUCUGCACCCUGCUCUGCUACGACCGGGUGUUCUCUGACAUCAUCUACACGGUGGCCAGCUGCACGGAGAACGAGUCGCGGCGCUACGGGCGCUUCCUGUGCUGCAUGCUGGAGACGGUCACCCGCUGGCACAGCGACCGAGCCGUCUACGAGAAGGAGUGUGGGAACUACCCAGGGUUCGUCACCAUCUUCAGAGCCACGGGCUUCGACGGGGGGAACAAAGCCGACCAGGUGGACUACGAGAACUUCCGGCACGUGGUCCACAAGUGGCACUACAAGCUGACCAAGGCCUCGGUCCACUGCCUAGAGACGGGCGAGUACACCCACAUCCGGAACAUUCUCAUCGUGCUGACCAAGAUCCUGCCCUGCUACCCCAAGGUGCUGAACCUGGGCCAGGCGCUGGAGUGUCGCGUCCACAAGAUCUGCCUGGAGGAGAAGGAGAAGAGGCCCGACCUCUAUGCCUUGGCCAUGGGCUACUCGGGUCAGCUGAAAGGGCGGAGGGCGCACAUGGUCCCCGAGAACGAGUUCCACCACAAGGAGCAGCCGGUGCGCAGCGCCACCCCAGCCAGCCAGCAGAACGGCCCCGGCAACACGGGCAAGCCGGCCGCCGGCAAGACCGACGAGGGCUCCGCCGAGGAUGCCGAUCGAUCCAAGGAGAAGUCUCAGGGGUCGGCGAAGCCAGCGAACAAGACCAACAGCACAGCGGCCAGAGUGACCACCAGCAACGGGAACGGUGCCCCCAACAGCACCAAAGCCAUCAAAGAGCGGGAGGAGAAGGAGAAGGGGGGGAAGGAGAAAAAAGAGAAGAAGGACAAGACUCCGGGCAGCACGCCGGAGGCGAAGGGCGACGGGCGCCGCGACAAGCAGCGGGACGAGCGGGUGGCCAAAGAGGAGCGGGCGCCGCGCGAGGGUAAGGAGAAGGCGCCCAAGGCGGACAGGCUGAAGGCCGAGGAGAAGGGCGGCAAAGACGACAAGGCCAAGGCCGGCAACGGGGAGCCCAAGGAGCCGUCCAGGGAGCGCGAUGCCUCCGCCGGCGCCAAGGAGCCCAAGAGCAAGGAGAAGGGGGACCGCGGCGCCGCGACGGGCUCCCUCAAGUCUCCGGUGCCCCGAUCGGAGUCUGCUGAAUCUGAGAGGGAUCACAAAAGACGAAAGCUCGACGCCCACUCUUCGCCAUCCCACUCCUCCUCCGUUAAGGACAAUAGCAACGAACUCAAGGAUUCUGCUUCCAAGCACCAUAUCAACUACAAUUCGGUCGCGCGGUCCAAGAGCAGAGAGAGGGAGAUGGACAAGAAAGAAACUGAGAGCGCGCGAGGCCGCUCCAAAGAGAAGAAGGACGAGAAGGACAAGAAGGACAGGAAGAGGGACCACUUGAACAGCGAACGCGAAGCAAGUCUGGAAUCCAAACGCAGGAAAGAUGAGAAUGGAACCAAUUCCACCAAACACAGCAAGAGUGCCAGCCCCUCCUCCGACUCCCCUGUCCCCGCCGACAAAGAGAAGAGCAAGAGGUCCAAGUCCUCCAGCAAGGAGAAGAUCGAGUCUGUGAAACCCGACAGAAUCUCCGGCGGCAAAAAGGAGUCCCGGCACGACAAAGAAAAGGCCGACAAGAAGGACAAGAGAGACAGCAGUGGCGGGAAGGAAGAAAAAAAACACCAUAAAUCGUCUGACAAGCACAGAUAAUGUGUGCUAAUGCAGUGCAGAUGACGAAGAGACGCCGUGCUUUUACCCCCCCCCCCCCCUGACCCCCCACCCCCCGGCCCCUCCACCUGUACCCUGUUGCUAAGUCGCGCUCUGUUCCUCUCUGCCUUGCUCAGUCCUGACAAGGGGGGGCUGCAUCUGAAAUGUUCCUCUCAUUUCUGCCUGUGUUGUUUUUCCGUGUACUGCCCUCAAGUGAUGUUAGUUGUAGUGUUUGAACUUGCAGAUCUCUUUUCUUCUCCCCCCCCCUCCCCCCCUCCCUCCCAUUUCAGUGUGUUUCAGUAACCAGCUGAAAAUCCGUAUUUUUGUUUAUUAUUUGUUUUUUUUACUUUUGAAUAUUGGCACAGUGUGCUAUUCAAAUCACGACAUGUUAUUCUACUCAGACAUCUGGAAACGGUAUUAAAUGCUCUUUCGAAAGCAUAACAGCAUAUAUUGGAUAAUCAUAUGCUUGAUGGAAAAUGUCAUCUAUUGGUCCAUGUCAGGCUUCCCCCUCCCCUGCUUGUUUUAUUGAAAUUAACCCUCUCCACACUUUCAUUUGCCUCAUCUAGUUGUGUCUAUUUAUUUCUCCUUUUAAUCCAGGCUAAAAGUUAGGCAUAGUUGAGUGAAAUGAUACAAAUGACCAGUUUGUAUAUUAUGUGUACAAUAAUAAAGAAGGUAACAUGUACGUCAUGACAUAUGUUAUUUUUUAUUUUUUUGAUGUUCCUUGCUAUGACCAUUAUGCGAUAGUGUGUUAUCAGGUUUUUAAAUGAUUUGUAAAAUGACAGUUCCUCCUUGAAGCAAAUAAAGAAUUGUAAAAAAAAAACGAAUAAAAAUAAAAACAAUUU